AUGGAAUCCGGAGGUGUGAUUUUAGACUUUGGUGCUUCCAGCUGCUCCAGUGAGGACAAAAAGAGCUCGCUUCCGGAUAAAAACUUUGGCGCGGCAUGCGGCGACAGAAACUUGACCCCCGAGGUGUCAUGGACCAGCGCCCCAUAUGAAACUGGUUCUUUUAUCCUUACGAUCACCGAUGUUUCACGCGAAGAUGGUGUGCACCCUCAUUUGCUUGUCUGGGACAUACCAGAAAACGUCAGCAAGGUGAGUUUAACAUACUUCAUCGUCUUCAAAACGACUUACUCAGGAAAACAACAGCUGAGUUCCUCUAUGGACUGGAGGGCCAUUGGGGCCCAACUGGGAAGCACAGGUCCCUAUUCUGGACCUUGCCCCACCUCACAGGAGGCUUGCAUUCGCCUUUCACUCUAUGCCAUAGCUGACAGGAGCCUUGGGCUACCUGAAGGUGCAACGUACGAAGUGCUGCACCGAAAGCUAGAAGAAAUAGCUGAAGUUAACGGUAGGUCUCUUGACUCUAUGUGGCCUUUGAGAUGCAUGACAUUCUGA